AUGAUGUUUAAUGGAUUUUCUGAGCUACCCCUUAUGAUAAUUCGACUCCCCCUAUUUUACAAACAUCGAGAUAAUCUGUUUCACCAUCCGUGGAUAUGGCUAGUCGUCAGUUUUAUUCUAAGUGUACCUUACUCUGUUGUUGAAGCUAUAGUAUGGUCUUGUGUUGUAUACUACACAAUUGGUUUUACCCCUUCUCCUGGGAGAUUUUUUCGCUUCAUGUUUGUAAAAUUUGUAGUACACCAAAUGGCAAUUGGUCUAUUCCGAAUGCUGGAUGCUAUUGCUCGAGAUAUAGUCAUUGCAAAUACCUUCGGGUCAGCUGCAAUUUUAAUUGUACUUUUAUUGGGUGGAUUUCUUGUACCUAAAGACGAAAUUAAGCCAUGGUGGACUUGGGCUUCUUGGCUGUCACCAUUGCAGUAUGCACAAAGAGCAGUUUCUGUUAAUGAAUUCACAACCAUAAGGUGGAAAAAGAUAUCUUUUACCGGAAACGGUUCAGUUGGAGACAAUGUCCUUCAUGCACAUGGUCUACCUACUGAUGAAUAUUUGUAUUGGCUUGGAGUUGGUGUGUUAGUAUUUUAUGCAGUGCUUUUCAACGUCGUCGUCACAUUGGCUCUGAUCUAUCUGAAUCGUGAGUUAUAUAUCCUUUUACUUAUGGUUUAG